GUACAACCUACCAUGAGUGCGUACCGCUCGUACUAGCCACUGAUGACCUACCUGAUACGAAUGAUGAAUUCGAGUACGACAGGCCCGACAUUUAUCCAAUUGAAGCUCCCGUGAUACAAUGAUUGAUGUAUUUGUUGUAUUGAUGGACCAGAGACCCCCUCCUUAUGCAUACGGGCACCUCGCCCACCCGUGCCCCCCAUGACCACGCCCACUGAUUCGACGGCAUUAUAUACUGCGGCGUGGCCACACCACCCAGACGGGGCUUAUAGACCAUUGUUGCCGGGUACGGUGUCCGUGCCUACAUCAGAUCACGGGCAGACCAGCACAGCUGGACCUUGCAGCUCUCCAUUGUCGGAGCUGCCGACAUUAUCUCAGAUAGGGUUCACCCAAUCGGGUAACGCCUAUCGAUGGUGGGUGCGAGAGGGGAUGGGGCCACAGGGUUAUGCGCCGUACUUUUCGUAUACGUAUAGUGGACCUAUGACGUGUAACCCUGAUAGUGAGACGCAGGAUGGUAGAUUUUCACUGUCACAGACCGGGGAGAUGCAAAUGCCGGUUGUGGGGUUGGGACAGAUACCGGCACAGGCGGCGAUGCAGGGCCAGAUUUUAGGGGCGAGACAGAUGCCAGCAUCGGGGGCGAAUCAGGGCCCGGGGCAUGUAGAGAGCCAGAUGCCUUUAUCUGGUGAGAGCCAGGUGCCACUUUCCAGUGAGAGUCAGAUGUCAAAUGUGGGGGGGAGCCAAAGUACCCAUGAGGAGGACGUUGCAAUGUUGGGUACCGAUCAGUUGGCCUCCGGUAGCCCCCGGGAUAUGGAUUCAGAUGAUGAUCAGCAGCCUCCACCAGCCGAAGGGGUUGGCGAGGAGGUUGCGGGCGACCCAGCGACCCAGCACAUAGGGAUUGAGCAGAUUCGAUUGAUGGAUAAGUACAUAUUUAGACAUCCUUAAAACUCAUAUUAUGUUACCAUGGGCGAGGGUAAAUAAGCAGAUUAAGCAGGCAAUGUGGGACGCGCUGAUGGAGGAGUUCUAUCUACCUGUAUCAGUAGACGCGCGCAGGGCACAACAGGAGGCGUGGAAUGAUAUUGGCCGUAAGCACAGCUCGUGGAAGUCGAGGUUCAAAACCAAACUAUGUAUUGGAGACGGUGACGCGCCCGAGAGUAUCCGUGUGAGAAUGCCGGACAAUUUUUUUGAGGAGUAUGACGCAGCAAAUGUAGAGUUCCUGCUGAGAGAUUGGUGCAGUGAGCAUAAAAUCGCAACCUCUGAACGGAUGAAGAGGCUGCGGGAGCAGAAUGACCUUCCUCAUUGUACGAGAUCUAAAAGUUAUGCCAGAUUUAAUCACGAUGAGACAUGUACAUCUGGCACGCCCCCCACUCGCGUCGCGUCGUUCGUGAAGACCCACACUAGGAAGGACGGCACUUACGUGAACGAACGUACACGGGUCCUAUGCAAGAGGAUGACGCAGAGUUUAUCCAGUGAUCCAGCCGCCACGCAAAGCGUCUCCGCAGACACGGUGCGUUGGGCACCGAAUGACACUUACGAACAGACGGUUGGGAGGCCUGAGUAUGCAGGGAGGGUUCGGCAGGUUGGUCCGAACGUCACACCUAUUUAGGGGACAUGUUUCUCAUACAGGCCUCGAUCAGAGGGGGGACCAUCUCAGGGCACGUCUCGGGAUUGGGCCGAACACGCUCGGAAGAUGGAAGAGAUCCAAGCGGAGCUACGGGCUGAGCGAGUGAGGAAUGACCUGUUGGAGCAGCGCAUGCAGCAAUUCGACGCCAUGGAGCAGCGCAUGCGACAGUUUGAGGUCUUCAUGUCCUCCAUGGGAGCAUUAGCACCAUGUCUUGGUACUCAGUCUUCACCUGCACACGUAGGUAGUACGUCGUCUGUUAGUAGUGCAUCUGCAUGUAUGAUUUAUAUUGUGUAUAA